AAAAAGUAAAUUCGAGGCUUUUUCUGCCUGCGGUGUCUCAGAUUCAUUCUUAAGGAACUGAGAACUUAAUCUUCCAAAAUGUCAAAAAGACCAUCUUAUGCCCCACCUCCCACCCCAGCUCCUGCAACACAAAUGCCCAGCACACCAGGGUUUGUGGGAUACAAUCCAUACAGUCAUCUCGCCUACAACAACUACAGGCUGGGAGGGAACCCGGGCACCAACAGCCGGGUCACGGCAUCCUCUGGUAUUACGAUUCCAAAACCCCCAAAGCCACCAGAUAAGCCGCUGAUGCCCUACAUGAGGUACAGCAGAAAGGUCUGGGACCAAGUAAAAGCUUCCAACCCUGACCUAAAGUUGUGGGAGAUUGGCAAGAUUAUUGGUGGCAUGUGGCGAGAUCUCACUGAUGAAGAAAAACAAGAAUAUUUAAACGAAUACGAAGCAGAAAAGAUAGAGUACAAUGAAUCUAUGAAGGCCUAUCAUAAUUCCCCCGCAUACCUUGCUUACAUAAAUGCAAAAAGUCGUGCAGAAGCUGCUUUAGAGGAAGAAAGUCGACAGAGACAGUCUUGCAUAGAGAAAGGAGAGCCGUACAUGAGCAUCCAGCCUGCUGAAGAUCCAGACGAUUAUGAUGAUGGCUUUUCAAUGAAGCAUACAGCCACCGCCCGUUUCCAGAGAAACCACCGCCUCAUCAGUGAAAUCCUCAGUGAGAGUGUGGUGCCGGAUGUUCGGUCAGUUGUCACAACAGCUAGAAUGCAGGUCCUCAAACGACAGGUCCAGUCCUUAAUGGUUCAUCAGCGAAAACUAGAAGCUGAACUUCUUCAAAUAGAGGAGCGACACCAGGAAAAGAAGAGGAAAUUCCUGGAAAGCACAGAUUCAUUUAACAAUGAACUGAAAAGGUUGUGCGGUUUAAAAGUAGAAGUGGAUAUGGAAAAAAUUGCUGCUGAAAUUGCACAGGCAGAGGAGCAGGCUCGAAAAAGGCAGGAGGAAAGAGAGAAAGAGGCAGCAGAGCAAGCCGAACGCAGUCAGAGCAGCAUGGUUGCUGAGGAGGAGCAAGCUGCGAGUAAGACCGAAGAGAAGAAGGACGACGAGAGCAUCCCGACGGAGACAGAGGAGACACACCUUGAAGAAGCAACGGAAAGCCAACAGAAUGGUGAAGAAGGCACAUCUACUCCUGAGGACAAGGAGAGCGGGCAAGAGGGGGUGGACAGUAUGGCUGAGGAAGGGACCAGUGAUAGUAACACUGGCUCGGAGAGCAACAGUGCCACGGUGGAGGAGCCGCCAACAGACCCCGCCCCGGAAGACGAGAAGAAAGAAUAAAUGUUGCCUUGUUUUAUGUGUUCUAAAUACUUUUUUAAAUGAAAA